AUGAGUGCAUCGGGGCCAUCGGUCUCGCCGUCGGCGUCGCAUCUGGGUGCAGACCCCAAGAUCGUACGCCGUCUGUCGCAGGUGUCGAACAUCAUCCUCGUGCUCUCGGGCAAAGGCGGCGUGGGCAAAUCGUCCGUAUCUGCGCAGCUUGCGCUCUCACUCUCCUCCACCCCCAUCUCUCCAGACGGCCGGCUAGCCAAAGUGGGUAUUCUGGAUGUGGACCUGACGGGACCGUCGAUUCCACGCAUGUUGGGCCUGGACGGCGCCACGGUCAAGCAAAGUACGGACGGAUGGGUGCCCGUGUACACGGAUGCGUCGCAACAACUCGCCGUAAUGUCCGUCGGAUUUCUGCUCCGCUCGCGCAACGAUUCGGUCGUCUGGAGGGGUCCAAAGAAGAACGCUAUGAUCAAGCAGUUCCUCGGUGACGUUCGAUGGGGUGCUCUGGACUAUUUGAUCAUCGAUACACCACCGGGAACGUCGGACGAACACAUUUCGAUCCUCGAAUACCUACGUACCUUCUCACCCUCCGCGGUUAUGGUCACCACCCCUCAAGCCGUUAGUCUGGCGGAUAAUCUGCGCAGUUUGGACUUUUGUCGCAAGACUCAGCUGCCCGUACUGGGGCUGAUCGAGAACAUGUCCGGGUACAUCUGUCCGCACUGCAAAGACUGCACCAACGUCUGGGGUAAAGGCGGUGGUGAAGCCCUGGCGAAACGAGAAGGAAUCCACUUCCUCGGACGAAUUCCAAUUGAUCCGGGUCUUGUACGUGUGUUGGAUGAUGCCAAGGAAGACGCGCAACAACUGCUACACCAGCUCGAGGAUAAACCGGACGCUAUCGACCAACCACUCACAACGCAAGACUCGAGCGUCACAGCAGGAACCCUACUCUCACGUUCAACAAUACACCGAUACCGAGACAGCCUUUCGUUUCCCAUCUUCCAGGACAUCACCAACCAGAUCCGCGACAAAGCCGCCACACAGAAAGCCAACCCCACAUCCACGUCCUAG